UUAAAGAAAGAGGAAUGGGAGAAUGAGAAUGCCAAAUGAUCUGGUCCGAUGGAGAAAAAAAUGGAGGCCCUUGCUAUCAAUGAGAUUAGGCAGAGGAAGAAAAGCAGCGAGAAGAUCCCUCCUGGUGAGGGAGAAACAGAAACCCUUCGCAAUGCCGAGACAGGGAAAGAGAUUCCUCCCGGCGAGAGAGAGAAAGAAACCCCUCCCGAUGCUAAGAGGGAGGAAGAAACCUCUCUGAGUGGGCACGAAAAAGAAACCUCUCCCGAUGCUAAGAGAAAGAAAGAUACACCUCCUAGCGACGAUAUUUGCCCCAUCUGCUUUGGAAACUACAACAUUCCAUGCAAGACAAAUUGCGGACACUGGUUUUGCGCAAAUUGUGUUAUCUCCUUCUGGGCCUAUGGUAACAAACUUGUGCAUUGCAAGUGCCCUAUUUGCUCUCAAAGCAUCAGCAAAUUGACCCCCGAGGCAUCUUUGAACAUUCGUACGGAGGAUAAAGAAGUUGUUGAGGCCUUGAAGAAAGUCCAAGGGUACAAUCGUCUUUUCAGAGGCGGGGUCCAUGGCUUGAUUUUGAGACUACGUCAACUACCUCUGCUCUCCAAGAGAUUCUAUCAUCAAAUACCAUGCCCCAGAUGCCUGUGGAGGAUGUUUUAUAUAGGAUUGAACAAUCCUAAUAACCUUCUGCUCAACUAUGUCGUUGCACGGACCGUGGCACUGAUCCUGACGCUUUUAUAUGACUGCUUGGACUUUCACUUUCUUCCUGGAGGGUUGUUCGGGGCCAGUUGCGUCUUUGAAGGCUGCACUGUUGGUCUUGUACUUGUUCUAGCCGCUAUUGGUCUCUACCGCCGAAUUGUCGCUAACCGUCGCCCUCCUCGUCGUCGGAGGCCAAGACCCGAUCCUGUUUCUGGGCCGAAAAACCCUCCCGUCCAGGGGUCGGGACCGCCUCCCAUUCAGGAUGAAGGACCUCCUGUUUCUGGGCCUUAGUUGCAGGCUAGGGCCCUCAGCCUCCAAAUAUAUUUAUCUUCAGUGUUCCAAUGCAUCGACAAUCGAUGGUACUAUAUUAUGGAAAUUUCAAAACACAUGGAUCUGAAGGCGUGCCCGACGCCGUGUUGAUGCUUACACAUUUGGAUAGAGGGGCAGGUAUGUUGGAGAAGAGUUGAUUUACCUAGUGACAAAGAGCAAUCUAAGCUUAUUCUCUUACCGUUUGAACCAAAAUAAACCGCAGGGGACUCCCAAAGAGUUGGAUGUAUCUAUUGCCAUAACUUUCUUCCACACUGAAAUAACUGCAGAAAAAGAUAUUCGAUCUCUUGGUUUUUUAAUAAUAACUUGCAUAAAUAUUGGUUAUUUAUAUCAAUGGAAACUCUCUCUCUCUCUCUCUCUCUCUCUCUCUCUCUCUCUCUCUCUGAUUUUUACUAGCUUAAACAGAGGAAAGUAUUUAGAUCGUGAUGAUAUAGUUUUCUGCGGAGGUGGUGUGUUACAUUG